UUGCUCCUACUGCGAGAAGGAAUUUUUUUUUUCGGUUCGGAAAUCCGCUCAACUCUCGACUCGGCGAGGUGUCGAUCCUCCGACUACUCCUCCGCCGGCGACGCGCGAGCUCCUCCCUUCGCCCGCAGCAGGGGACGGGACCCGCGAAGAGGUAGCGGAGCAGAGCAGAGUCGCCGGCCAUGGACACGAUGCGCGGCGCGCUGGAGCGGGCCAAGAUGCUGGUGGGCAUGGAGGUCGACGAGGAGUCCGGGUUGCCACCCCCCGAGGAGCAGUCCUUCUUCGACGACAUCAACCGCAGCUGCACCCUCAACACCACCCAGAGGCUCUACGGUUUCGCGAUUUGCUUGGCUGCCGGUCUGACGUGCACCUUCUUGUCAAUGAUUGUUUUCUUCAAUCCGGUGAAAUUUGGGGUAACAUUCACCCUUGGCAACUUGAUGGCCCUUGGAAGUACAGCAUUUCUUAUAGGCCCAAAAAGGCAGUUUGAUAUGAUGCUUGAUUCAGUGCGAAUAUAUGCCACUGCUAUAUACAUUGCAAGCAUCAUAAUUGCUCUAUUCUGUGCUCUCUAUGUUCACAGCAAGCUGUUGACUCUACUGGCCAUCAUUUUGGAAUUUGGUGCCCUUGUUUGGUACAGCCUUAGCUACAUACCUUUCGCAAGGUCAAUCGUGUCGAAAGUGAUGACAUCCUGCUUCGACACUGAUUUCUAGAGCAACGAUCGUCGCCUGCCUGAGUCUCAGCAGACAUCGGUCGGUAAUCUAGUGUGUACUUCUGACAAGAUGAGGAGGGAGUCACCUCACCCCUCCAGCAGGCUCUUGUAAUCACUGUGAAUCGAGUUCGUGUGCGUUUGGUCACGCUAGACUAGAAGAUUGUGCUAAUACCCUUUGAUGCACUUGCACGUGCAAUCUAGGCUUCAGUGAUUCAGUCUGUUUGGGCCUUCCUUCCAUCCGUGCAGUGCUCGGAGCAUUCACUGUGGAUUUAUAGAACAAAACAUUGUUGUAUCGUUUGCUGAGCAAUUGCUGUAAAAAGUUUCAUCACAGAACACCGGUGGUACGAUGAUA